AUGCAGGACAAUGAACCUUUGCUGAGAGUCUCUCAAAGCUCAUUAACCUCAAUAACCCGGACUUGGUCUUGUUUGUUGGUGAAGCUCGAUCUUGUUGGAAACGAUGGAGUAGACCAGCUCUCGAAGUUUAAUCAGGUUGGAGCAGCGUUGUCUAUGGUUUACAUAUCAGGAACACCGGUUAUGUUCGUGGGUUGUGGCCAGUCUUACACUGAUCUGAAGAAGCUCAAUGUCAAAGCCAUAGUCAAGACACUUCUCAAAUGA